AUGCCGCAGACCAUCCCCUACCAUCAUAGCAACCUGCCGGUGAUGAUGCAGCCGCCCACCGUCCACCCGCCUGUGCCGUUCGUGGCCACCAUCCCAGGGGGGCUCAUCCCCAAGAAAACCAUCGUGGUGAAGGGCUACAUCCCCCCUGAUGCUGAAAGGUUCCACAUCAACCUGCGGGCAGGUCCCGGGGGGGACGUGCUGCUGCACUUGAACCCGCGCCUGGACAAGGGGGUGGUGGUGCGCAAUAGCCUGCUGGGGGGGGUCUGGGGGUCCGAGGAGCAGGACCUGCCCCACAACCCCUUCCAGCGUGGCCGGUACUUUGACGUCUCCAUCCGCUGCGGGAACCAUCGCUUCAAGGUGUUCGCCGAGGGGCAGCCGCUCUGCAACUUCUCCCACCGCCUGCCCCCGGGACCCCACGUCGACACGCUGGAGGUGGACGGCGACGUCGUCCUCUCCUACGUCCACUUCUGA